AUGGCGAACGAACAAAAAGGCCCGUUCGAUCCGUCGAUCGUCAACGAGCAGUAUUAUCACGGUAAGUAUGUCGGAAUUUUUUGGAGUAUUUCAAAUUUUAGGUCUGCUUCCUCGUGAGGACAUCAAAAUAAUGUUGCGUCGCAACGGGGAGUUUCUGUUGCGAACCACGGAGCCCACCAAAGAGGCGACGCGUUCCUACGUGCUCUCCGUCAUGGUAUACCAGGAGAAGGAGGAGAACGGCGUAAGGAUCUUUCUCACAAAAGUUUUUACCUUGCAUCAUGUGCAUUGUCUUUUCUUUGCUAUUUUCAGAUCAAGCACUACGUUAUUCAGAAUCAUCAUGGUCGCUGGUCCAUCGAGAAGUUCGGUUUUGACAGCAUCAAGGCCAUGAUCGAUUACCACAUGAGCAAGGGCGAUUCCAUCUCCAAAGUUUUGAACAAUGUUAUUCUGAAGACCCCGAUUUUGAGACAGAGCUGGGAGUUGGCUCACGAAGACAUUCAAUGUGUCAAAAGGCUGGGUGAGGGAGCAUUUGGUGAGGUUCACAAAGGGACUUUAAAGAAGGGUGGCAAUGUUAUUGAUGUGGCGAUCAAAUUGGCAAAGUUGGAGGCCUUGACCAAGGAGCAGAUCAAGGAGAUUAUGAGAGAGGUAGGAGUGGGUGGAUUUUGAUACAGAUAUUACUUUAUAGGGUGUUCAGAGAAUUGUGGAAAAAACUAUUCAUUAAUGACUUUGCGCUGGGUUGUCCUGUCCGAAAAAAUUUUAUUUUGCAUUUUACAGAAAAGCCUUGGAGUUUUUAGAAUCUAAAUUUUUUUUCUUUUAUCGGCGGAGACUUCCGUAAUCCGCCUUGAAGUCGGCGGAAUGUUUUUUUUUACAAAUGCGGCUGCAAAUCGUUGUGUGAAAAGAAAAUGGGCGGAAAAAGAUCCCCAAGAUAUAACAUGACAUUUACUCCAAAUUUUUAUGAUUUGGUAGAGACAUUUUUUAACUUCGGCGGACAAUUUUUUUUCUUCGACUUUGGAAGGUCAAACCUGGCUAAACCCAAAACCUAUGGCAUCCCUAGUGGCAUGGCGCCUAAAUACGACUUAUUACAUCUUCGGCCAACUGGCGGAUGAAAAACGGCAAUUCGGCGGAGAAAAAAUGGACCCAUUUAAGAAAUUAUGAUGAGAAAACUACAAUUGUCGGUCUUAUACGGCAUUUAUCAACCAAAAUUCUUCUUAUCGGCGGAUGCUAAUUUUCAUAAUUUCUUAAAUGGGUUAAUUUUUUUCGCCGAAUUGCCUUUUCUCAAUCGGCCGAACAUGUAAUAAGUCGUGCUUAGGUGCCAUGCCACUAGGGAUACCAUAUGUUUUGGGUUUAGCCAGGUUUGACCUUCCGAAGUCGAAGAAAAAUCGUCCGCCGAGGUUAAAAAAUGUCUCUACCAAAUCAUAAAAAUUUGGAAUAAGUGUCAUAUUAUAUCUUGGGGAUCUUUUUCCGCCCAUUUUCUUUUCACACAACGAUUUACAGCCGCAUUUGUAAAAAAAAACAACUCCGCCGAAUUCAAGGCGGAUUACGGAAGUCUCCGCCGAUAAAAGAAAAAAAUUUUAGAUUCUGAAAACUCCAAGGCUUUUCUGUAAAAUGCAAAAUAAAAAUUUUUUCGGACUGGACCACCCAGCGCAAAGUUUUUGAUGAAUAGUUUUUUCCACAAUUCUCUGAACACCCUUUAGACAAUUUUUUUAAAAAUAAUGGUAAAUAGUUUUGAACCUCUAAUCUGACGAACAGCUUAUAUAUCACUCUCUAUGCCUCUAAUAUUAUUCCAUGACUUCCAGGCCCGCCUAAUGCGCAACUUUCAUCACGCAAAUGUGGUCCGGUUCUUUGGCGUAGCUGCCGGUCAAGAACCGCUGAUGGUCGUGAUGGAACUGGCCGACUGUGGUUCCCUCGACUCAUUCCUCCAGAAAAAUGAGCAACCCGUUGAGAAGAAGAAUGAAAUGUGUGUCCAGGCCGCAUAUGGAGUGGAGUACCUUCAUGAAAAAAAUGUGAUCCAUCGUGAUUUGGCGGCUAGAAAUUGUCUCUACGGAAAUGGACAGGUCAAGAUAAGUGACUUUGGGUUGACUCGAGAGGGAACGGUCUAUCAGAUGGAUCCACACACGAGAGUGCCGAUUAGAUGGUAAGGGAUUUUUUGGAGGUGUCAUGGAUAAUAUACGCAAUGGUUGUAGGGGCUGAGAUAAGGAUGUGUCAUGGUUCGUAGAUGUGUUUUAACAAUUUUUAUGACGUUUCUUGCCAUUUUACAAACUUAGGAACAUGUAUUUUGCAAAAUGUGAAAGUUGCGAUAUUAAUUUAGGUUCUAGUUAGGUAUACAAAAUACUAAUGUCAAGUUUUUCAUUCAAUUUCUUUCAGGCUGGCUCCAGAGACCCUGCGUGUCUUCAUCUACACUCAGAAGACGGAUGUUUGGGCUUUUGGUAUCAUGUGUUGGGAGAUCUACUCCAAUGGCCAAGAGCCUUAUCCUGGAAUGAGCCCUGGCGAGACUUUUGUCAAGGUAAAUUUAAUUUUUUUUGCUUUUAGGAAAGGUUGUAAGCAGUGAUUGCCACGGUCAAAAUUUCGGCUACGGCUCUUAGCUCCAAGAGCCGGAGCCGAGGCCAAAUUUGCAGCUCCGGCGCCCGGCUCCCACGAAAAAUUUAAAAAGGUCUCCGGCUCCGAAGCGCGGCUCCCGCGCAAAAUUUUUUUUAAAAAUAGAAGUUAUUAGUGCCAGAGAUCAUACACCCAACGUUUUUGCAGCCCAGUCGUAUGCAACACAUUCUUCCCAGUAUUUUCCAAGCAAUUUGGUGUAAUAAGACCAUGAAAUUUUUACUUUUCUGAACGCUGAGAAGCCUGGCUCCGACUUUGGGCUCGGGAGCCGGAGCCAAGAGCCGGCUCUGGAGCCGUGGCAAUCUCUGGUUGUAAGUCAGACUGACAUCGAUGUAUACUGUAAUUUUCAGGUAAAGGAUGAGCAGUAUCGCAUGACUUUACCGCCUUGCACGCCACCUGAAAUGGUCAACUUCAUUACGCAGAAAUGUUGGGCCGAAAACCCGAACGAUCGCUAUUCUAUGCAGGAGUUGGCCCAUAAGUUGGAAAUGUGGUGGAGAGUCCCUCGUCAACCGUAUCAAGGGACACCGGUCGAUAAUUUCGCCCGUAGGGUUAAGAAAAAUAAGAAGAGCUUCCAAAAGGGAUAA